GGCUUCCCAACAUUUUGCCCUUCGUCUCUCGUUAACUACAUCGCCUGGCGAGGCGGCGGCUAGUGGUCGCUGGGAGUUGUAGUGUGCAAUUGCAACACAUUGAAUACGUGCGAAGGGGAACAUUGUCUGGGAGCUUAUACUGCUAAUGAGACGGACUGAUCGCAGGACUCACGAGUGCACAGCGCUUUGGGGAUUUGUGGGCUUAAUAGACGGUUAUGUAUGAGAACAGAAGACGCAGCAUUCUCAAGCUUUCUCGCUUUCAGAUGGGCGUCGCUGACCCCAUCUAAAAAGCAAAUACUUGGGCCAUCACUGGUGCUUGACUAUGUUCUCAGGAUGAAGCGGCGAUUGGACGAGCCAGAGGCAGCUGCCUAUCCACCUCAGCCCCGCAGGAUUGCUGAAUCUUUUGCCCACACGCAUCGUGUACUUGCCCCUGCUCCUCCAACAUAUGAGCCACCUCCUGAUGCUAUGCAGCCCACUGCGGGCAUCCAGUACUCUGUAGCCCCUGGAUACCAGGUCUCAACAGUGCCACAGAGCUCAGGAGGCCAUGGCCAGGCAUCACUUACUGCAGUGCAUAGUAGUCAUCAUCACAGCUCGCCUGUGCCAAGCCAUGGGGGACCUGCUGUACAGAGUCAUGCUCAUUCAAACCCACCAGCUGCACCUGCACCUGCACAAGGACAACAGUUUCAAAGGCUUAAAGUGGAGGAUGCUCUUUCUUAUCUUGACCAGGUAAAACUGCAGUUUGGUAACCAGCCGCAGGUGUACAAUGACUUUCUUGACAUAAUGAAGGAGUUCAAGUCACAGAGUAUUGACACACCAGGGGUCAUAAGUCGGGUGUCUCAACUGUUCAAAGGUCAUCCAGAGCUAAUCAUGGGCUUUAACACUUUCUUGCCACCUGGAUACAAGAUAGAGGUGCAAACAAAUGACUUGGUUAAUGUAACAACUCCAGGGCAAGUUCACCAGAUUUCAACACAUGGCCUGCAGCCUCCAGUUCCUCCAGCUCCUCCACCAUCACAACCACCAACUGCACAGCCCAUUACACCACCAGUACACCCGACUCCUCCGCCUCCACCACCUAAAAUUAGCAAGCCACUGCAGUCCCAGGCUCACACCCCAACAAACCAGCAAAGCACACCUAUACAGUACCCAUCUCCACGAUCUCCACCAGCGCAGCCGCACACACCAGGACCUCUAGCACAUGCUGCACCCACUGCAACUGCAGCAACUCCUACAAUGCAGAACAACCAGCCAGUUGAAUUCAACCACGCAAUUAACUAUGUAAACAAGAUCAAGAACAGAUUUCAAGGCCAACCAGACAUCUACAAGUCAUUUCUUGAGAUUUUGCACACAUAUCAGAAGGAACAGCGUAAUGCUAAAGAAGCAGGAGGUAAUUACACACCAGCCCUGACAGAGCAGGAGGUUUAUGCCCAGGUAGCAAGACUUUUCAAAAACCAGGAGGACCUGUUAUCAGAAUUUGGGCAAUUUUUGCCAGAUGCCAACAGCUCUGUGCUUUUGAGCAAAACAACAGCUGAAAAAGUGGAAUCAGUAAGAAAUGAUCAUGGGGGUACUGUGAAGAAGCCACAACUUAACAAUAAGCAGCAGAGGCCCAAUCAGAAUGGCUGCCAAAUUAGAAGACACUCUGGGACUGGAGUCACACCUCCUGUUAAGAAGAAACCUAAAAUUCUUAUCCCUAAAGACCAGUCACUGGCAGAUGCCAACAAACAUGGAGCAGGAGCAGAAUCACAGUUUUUUGACAAGGUUCGGAAAGCACUGCGGAGUGCAGAGGCAUACGAUAACUUCCUAAGAUGUCUUGUGAUCUUCAAUCAAGAAGUAAUUUCCCGGUCCGAGCUAGUUCAGCUGGUGUCUCCAUUCCUAGCUAAGUUCCCAGAGCUGUUUACAUGGUUUAAAAAUUUCUUGGGUUACAAAGAGUCCUCCCACAUGGAGAGCUUCCCCAAAGAGCGAGCUACUGAGGGUAUUGCCAUGGAGAUUGACUAUGCCUCAUGUAAGCGUUUGGGGUCGAGUUACCGGGCUUUGCCCAAAAGCUUCCAGCAGCCAAAAUGCACUGGCAGAACACCACUCUGUAAAGAGGUUUUGAAUGACACUUGGGUGUCUUUUCCAUCUUGGUCAGAAGACUCUACUUUUGUGAGCUCUAAAAAGACACAGUACGAGGAACACAUUUACCGAUGUGAAGACGAGAGAUUUGAGUUGGACGUGGUAUUAGAAACCAACCUGGCUACCAUUCGUGUUCUGGAGACUGUUCAGAAGAAACUUUCACGGCUUUCUGCGGAGGACCAGGCCAAAUUCAGACUAGACAAUACACUUGGAGGGACAUCUGAGGUCAUCCACCGCAAGGCUUUACAGAGGAUAUAUGCGGAUAAAGCUGCUGAUAUAAUAGAUGGUCUAAAGAAAAACCCUGCUGUCGCUGUACCCAUUGUCCUAAAGAGGUUGAAAAUGAAGGAGGAGGAGUGGCGGGAAGCACAGCGUGGGUUUAAUAAGAUCUGGCGGGAACAGAACGAGAAGUACUAUCUUAAAUCUCUGGAUCAUCAGGGUAUCAACUACAAACAGAUUGAUACAAAGGUGUUGCGGUCCAAGAGUCUCCUUAAUGAGAUUGAGAGCAUCUAUGAUGAGCGGCAGGAACAAGUUUCAGAAGACAACUCUGGGAUCUCUUCUGGCCCACACCUCACACUCACUUAUGAUGACAAACAGAUACUGGACGAUGCAGCCUCGCUUAUCAUCCACCAUGUAAAACGACAGACUGGCAUACAAAAGGAGGACAAAUACAAGAUAAAGCAGAUUGUCUAUCAUUUUAUCCCGGAUUUACUUUUUUCUCAGCGUGGGGAGCUCUCUGAUGUAGAGGAAGAAGAGGAGGAAGAAACAGCGGAGGCUGAAGAUGGAGUUACAAAAAAACACAAUGGAGUGGGGGUUGGUGGCGGUAGUAGUCCUCCAAAGGCUAAGUUGAUGUUUGGAAAUACAGCAGCACAAAAGUGGCGUGGUAUGGAGGAUGCAUACAACCUUUUUUAUGUGAACAAUAACUGGUACAUAUUCCUUCGCCUACAUCAGAUAUUAUGUUCCCGGCUUCUUCGCAUCUACAACCAGGCAGAGAAGCAAGUGGAGGAAGAGAUGAGGGAAAGGGAAUGGGAAAGAGAGGUACUGGGACUAAAGAGGGACAAAAAUGACAGCCCAGCUAUACAGCUUCGACUAAAAGAACCAAUGGACAUAGAGGCUGAAGAUUAUUAUCCAGCAUUCCUAGACAUGGUUCGGAACCUGCUUGAUGGGAACAUGGACUCCAAUCAGUAUGAGGAUUCUUUGCGAGAGAUGUUUACCAUCCAUGCCUUUACCACCUUUACUAUGGACAAGCUGAUUCAGAGCAUUGUUAGACAGCUCCAGCACAUAGUCAGUGAUGAAAUCUGUGUGCAGGUGACUGAACUGUACCUUUCUGAGAGCAAUACCAAUGCCACAGGAGGUCUGUUAUCCACUCAGGCUUCACGUAACCUGAAUGAGGCAAACUACCAGCGUAAAGCUGAGCAGCUAAUGUCAGAUGAGAAUUGCUUCAAGCUGAUGUUCUCCCAGAGUCGUGGACAGGUCCAGUUAACAAUUGAACUACUGGACACUGAGGAAGAAAAUUCUGAUGACCCAGCGGAGACCGAGCGCUGGUCUGAUUACAUUGAGAGGUACAUGAACUGUGACUCCACUUCUCCAGAAGUUCGAGAGCACCUUGCACAAAAACCUGUGUUCUUGCCUAGAAACUUGCGCAGAAUAAGAAAGUGCCAGAGGGGCAGGGAGCAGCAAGAGAAAGAUGGGAGUGGAAAGCGUGCACUGGAGAACUUGGAGAGCCUUGAUAAGCUUCAGUGCAAGUUUAAACUGAAUUCUUACAAGAUGGUCUAUGUGAUAAAAUCUGAGGACUACAUGUAUCGGCGAACUGCCCUGCUGCGGGCACAGCAGUCCCACGAACGAGUGAGCAAACGAUUGCACCAGCGCUUCCAGUCCUGGCUGAGAAAAUGGAAUGUUGAACAUGUUAGCCAUGAAAUGGCCUCUGAAAGCAGAAAGUGGCUGAUGGGGGAGGGAGUUGAGGGAAUGGUGCCUUGUACCACUAGUAGAGACUCUGAGAUCCUGAACUUUGUGGACAUUAAUAAGUAUCGAGUCAAGUAUGGGGCAGCCUUCAAAACCCCAUAACAUUUUUAAACUGAAGAAUACAUUAAAAAAACAGCAACCUGAGAACUCUGAGAUUGAUCUGAAGAGCAUUGCCUGCUGUCUAAACCAGAAGGAUGGUCAUCAAAGGCAUGACUAGGCCUCAACCCUUGAAUAGAGAAUUUAUGAACCUCUUCUGCUGCCAGAGGAAUAUUUUUUAAUCUUCUGACUGGAGAAAUGGUACAGUGUUACUGAAAUUGUCCUACCUUCCUGCCAUUUUGUCCCAGUAAAUCCACUUUGCCACCCUUCUGUAAAUACAUGCGUGUACAGAAUGUCAACAAGGGUCUGUUUGAUUAAUUUCUUGUACCCCAUAUUGCAUAUUAUUUUAUAACAAGUAUCAUUAGUUUUAUGUUAGAUGUCUUUGUAACAUAGUAAUGGGGAAAGGGACAUCUUAGAAGCCACACCCUCCUUUAUUACAGUUUUUGCCAAAGGGAGUCUGUUGAGAAGAGUGGUUUUAAUAUAUAUAUAUAUAUAUAUAUAUAUAUAUAUAUAUAUAUAUAUAUAUAUAUAUAUAUAUAUAUAUAUAUAAUAUAUUAUAUAUAUAAUAUAUAUAUUAUAUAUAUAUAUAAUAUUUCUUCCCUUGACUGUCUUGUCAAUGUGUUUUAUUUUUCUUUCCCACCCCUACUUAUUUUUUUUCUGACCCCUUUUUUAAACACAUUGUAAAUAAAGUAAAGGUUUGGUAUGAUAUAUAUGUGUUUUUUUGAUGGGCAUUUUUUUUUUUUUUUUUUUUAAACAUUGGACGCUUCUUUUAAAAAAAAAAAAUGUUCUCAUUAAUCGAGAAGAGUAACUUUUUAUGCCUGCGAUAGAAGUCAUCAAUGACAAUCACAGAGGUUUGUACGACUCAUAUUUUCACUUCAGCAAGCAUCGCAAGACACAAAGCUUUGUUAGAAGCUUAGAAAAUGCAAUAAAUGAACAUAGGGCAAUAUUCUUGAGCUGCUAAGAUUACUAAUAAUAUUUUAUUUAUACUGCAACAGUUGUGGUGUUUUUUGAAAGUGAGAGCUGAUUCACGUUUUCACAGGGCGACAUCUAGUGAUCUUUUCACUGGUGAGUAUUUUUAAACAACUUUUAUGAUUGGUGGAAAUGAAAGCUCUGUGGCUUUAAAAUUCCCCUUUUAGAUCAGUUGCCUUUUCAGCUCUAAACGUAAAGUGAAAGUAUACCCAAAAAAGAAGGAUGAAUUAACUUUGAAAAUAUGUAGUUUCAUCUUCCUACAUUAGAGCAUUUUUCAGUAUUAUACAUUUUCGGGGGUCCGUACAGUAGUGAGUAUUUCUUUUCAACUCCUUGUUUAAUAACUGCCAGCAUUACUCUGAUGUUUGCAUAUUUUUCCAAUAAAAGUGUAACAUUAAGACUUUA